AUGACAGGCACACGCAGCGACGACACCAAAAAGACGAUGGUGGCAGUACCAGUACCCGAGGAUGCUCUAGAGAUGCAGCCUUCCAAUCCAGCAGCAGCAGCAGCGGAGCAGCAACUUGCCGGCCUUGCUACCAUCGAGACCAUCAAAAAGUCAUGGAACCUGCGAAGCAUUGUCUUGACCUGGAUUGGCGCUGCCCUCGUCAGCUUUGCUGUCAGCUAUGACCAGCAAACCUACUCAACCUAUCAGCCAUACGCCACCAGCGAGUUUGGAUCGCUGUCGCUUCUCAGUACCAUUGCCGUCGUGCAGAAUGUGGUGUCAAUCAUCCAACAGCCUGUCGCAAAGCUUGCAGAUGUCUACGGCCGCCUUCCCUUGCUCGUUGCAUGCGUGGUCAUCGUGACCAUCGGAGAAAUACUGCUAGCAUCAGCCAAAAACAUCCAGACCUUUGCGGGAGCACAAGUCUUCUUCACUGUCGGCGUUGUGGGACUUCAUUUACUUCUUGUCAUCCUCGCGGGAGAUUCCAGCGAUCUCCGCCAUCGAGCGCUCAUGAACGUGGUUCCAUAUGCUCCCGGUCUCAUUACUGCUUGGACGGCUAGCUAUGUCACCUCAGCCGUGCUUAAGGAUACAUCGUGGCGCUGGGGCUAUGGGGUGUUUGCCAUCAUUGUCCCCAUCAUCUCCAUUCCCUUGCUCGCGACGCUCUAUUACCACCAGCGCAAAGCUCGGAAGCAGUACCCGGUGGAAACUGGUCCGUCUCUUGGAUUGAAGCAUCACUGUUUGGUGAUCCAGCAGCUGGACCCGAUCGGGUUGAUUCUGUUCUGCGCCGGAAUGGCGCUGAUCCUGGUCCCAAUCACACUGGCUUCUACAUCCACAAACACUUGGAAGAGCGGACAUAUCAUUGCGAUGAUUGUCGUCGGGGUUGUCUGCUUCGUUGGCUUUGUGCUCUGGGAGUGGAAAUGGGCCCAAUGGCCCGUCAUCCCACUGACCAUCCUCAAAGGCCGCACGGGAUCCUUCGGCAUCAUUGCUGCGAUUCUCGAUUACGCCUCGUGGUACACGACCUCCCCUUAUCUCUACACGUAUCUCCUCGUCGUUCGCAACCUGAGCGUCAAGGCCGCGACCAAUAUCUCGAUCAUUAUACCCUUCACAGCAGUUCUGGGCCAACUCGGGGCGGGAGUCGUCGCCAAAUACGCCGGACGCUACAAAUGGAUCACCGCCGCCGGCAUCGGUCUUAAAGUCCUCGGGCUAGGGCUGAUGUUGCGCUACCGCCAUGCAGACUCUUCCCUUGGAUCGUUCGCCGUCGCCCAGGUCCUCCAGGGUCUCGGAGAAGGGAUUUUCAACACGGUCAUUGCCGGCAUGCAGGGCGCUGUUUCGGAGAGUCUUCUGGCCUCUAUCGUCGCCUUAUUCGUUUCCUCGUGUGGAGUCGGAGGAGCAAUCGGUGCGGCUGUCGCGGGAGGAAUCUGGACGAAUGUCCUUCCACGCCAACUACACACAAACUUGCCGGCAAGCCUGCAGGCCCAGCUCGCCGAGAUUUACGGUUCCGUGGUCGUGGCCAUCCAGUUCCCAUGGGGGACCACCGAACGGAACGACAUCAACCGCUCGUACGAUGCCACCAUGCGCAUCCUCAUCAUUGUCGCGCUGGUGCUGGCCAGCCUCGAGUUUCUGGCCGUGCUCAUGCUGCAGGAUUUCAACUUGAAGGUUGUCGAUCAGGGGCGGGACUAUGGCGGCGCCGUCAUUGGCAAAACUACCGCCAAAGCCGCCGCUGUUCCGCCGACCGACUUCGAUGGCAUGGCUAAGCUGGAUCAUACCGACACUCCGCUGGAGCAGUUCGAUGUCGACCGCGAAACUUGA